CCUUUUUUUAAUUCUUAUUGUCUAAGUCGUUAAAGUCUUCCCUCACUUUAACCUAAGUGAUUUUAAAAACAUGAGUUUCUUCCCGGUAUGAAAAAAAAACGUUUCUAUGCUUUUAUAUUUCCUUGGACUUAAAUCUGGUUCUUCAUCAGCAAAACUUUAGGAUGGCAAAAGCAAAACUUUCGUUGUUUUGGCUCAUGGCCCUUGCUUUAUUUCUAUCAUUCCCUGAUUCUUGCAUCGCUAAACGUCGAAUUCCUAAAGACUGUGGCUCUUCUUAUUGUGGAAACGUCACCGUCAACUUCCCUUUCCGAUUAAAAAGCCAGCCUCCCGAGUGUGGUGACCAUUGGCUAGAACUGGAUUGCAACAAUAACAAUCGCACCACUUUUGUGUUUGGUAAGGAUAACUUGUACGUCCAAAACAUCUCUUAUGGAGACCAAACAAUAUUACGAGUUAUGGAUAUGGUGGAUCAUGAGAGACUGAGCAGAGACCAUUGCUCCCUUCCUCGUGGUUCCUUAAAUGGUAUUGAAUAUUCAUAUCAGUCUUUGGAAUCGAAUUUAGGAGUGGAUGUUUCUUUAUAUUAUAAUUAUAGUUCUAUGUAUGGUUAUAGUUUUAUGUAUCUAGUAAAUUGCACAACAACAAUGAAAUCUUCUCUGUACGUCAAUGCCUCUCGUUGCCCCAAUAGCUCUUCCCAUCCACCUUCCUACUUUUAUUUUUUACAUGGAAACACCCAGGCGUCCGAUUUCAAUCCAUCUUGCAUAGGCAUAGCUGAGGUUCCAAUCAUGCUUGAGAAUAUUUCAGGUCUAUCUACUUCGGAUAUUUAUGAACAGCUAUUACUGGGCUAUGAACUGAUAUGGUAUUACUACAACUGCACAGGGUGCGACAACAGUGUUUCAUUCCGAGAUAUAUGGUCAGAUUUGAGAUAUGCAUUGAGAAACUAUGUGGACAGCUUUGUACAUUUCCUUUUUAAGGGUCAUCAUGUAUCCUACAAUUCUUAUAAUCCUCCUAGACGUACAUAUAUUUUGUGUCUUGAAAUAACAGGAGGAAUUGCCUUACCAAGAAUGUUGCUGGGGAUAUCUAUCUUGAUUGCGGUUGUUACAUACAAAUUACGAAGAAGACACUUAUCCGCAGAUGAUACAAUUGAAGAGUUCCUUCAAAGUCAAAAUAACUUUAUACCUAUUAGGUAUUCUUACUAUGAAAUAAAAAGAAUAACUAGUGGUUUCAAAGAUAAAUUAGGAGAAGGGGGUUAUGGUUCAGUGUUUAAAGGAAAACUUCGUAGCAACCAUCUUGUGGCAGUAAAGUUGUUGAGCAAAUCAAAAGCUAAUGGGCAAGAUUUCAUUAAUGAAGUUGCAACAAUUGGGAGGAUUCAUCAUGUCAACAUUGCGAAACUUAUUGGGUUUUGUGUUGAGGGGUCAAAGCAAGCUCUUGUUUAUGAUUUCAUGCCAAAUAGUUCAUUAGAUAAAAUCAUAUUUUCUGGAGAAAAUAAGAUCAGUUUAAGCUGGCAGAAAAUGCUUGAUAUUGUGCUUGGAGUUGCUCGAGGAAUUGACUAUUUACAUCGAGGAUGUGACAUGCAAAUUUUACAUUUUGAUAUCAAGCCUCAUAAUAUUCUUCUAGAUGAGAAUUUCAACCCAAAAGUUUCAGAUUUUGGUUUAGCAAAAUUAUAUUCAGUAGAUGAUAGCAUUGUGUCUCUCACUGCAGCACGAGGUACACUGGGAUAUAUUGCUCCUGAAUUGGUCUACAAAAACAUUGGAGGCAUCUCAUAUAGAGCUGAUGUUUAUAGUUUCGGGAUGCUUUUAAUGGAAAUUGUGGGAAGAAGGAAAAAUUUGAAUGCAUUCGCAGAACAAUCAAGUCAGAUAUACUUCCCAUCAUGGAUAUAUGAUCGAUUUGAGCAAGGAGAGGAAAUAGAAUUGGGAGAUGUUACGGAUAGUGAAAAGAUGAUUUUGAGGAAGAUGUUAGUAGUAGCUUUUUGGUGUAUACAAAUGAAGCCUGCUAAUCGUCCAUCAAUGUCAAAAGUGUUGGAGAUGCUCGAAACCGAUACUGAACUGCUUGAAAUGCCUCCAAGACCUUUUCAGUUUCCUUUUGAAGCAUCAACUGAGAAUCAUGCAUGUGAUGAUAAUUCAAUUGAUGAGACAAUCACAUCGCUUCCCCACGGGAUAGAAAUUUGCUUAAAUGAAAUGCAAGAGCCAUGUGACUGUUUAUCUUGUCGUUAGUAGCUGACUCUUGGGGGUUGGGAAUGAAUAUGGUAUGUUGUGAAAUUUUCAAUAAUAUCCUUGCAUUAUUGAAUGCUAAAAAGACCAAUUUUAAGCAAAGUAAUUUUGUUUUUGUAUAUUAUUGUCAAAUAUAUAAUAAGGAACAAAAAGUCUCAAUUUGCCAAAACUUUGUGUUGUAAUUUCCAAAAGGCUAUAAACAUAUGUAUAACAUUAUUUUGGAACAAAAUAGACUAAACCAAUACACAAAUUAAAUACAUAACAUAAGGUUCAAACCUAUAAUAUUACGCACAAUGGUAUAGAAUAAGGUAAGGUCUAAGCAAAGAGAGGUUGAGGGGCAUAAAAUAAUCUGGUUUUAAUAUUAUAUUUCAAAACACUCAUUGAUUGCAUGGAUGAUUAUAUUAAAUAUGCUUUCAACAAAAGAUAAGUUGAGAAAUUGGGGAAUAGAGGUGGAUGAAAGGUGCUCCCUAUGUUAACAUGGAAGGGAAUCCAAAGACCACCAAUUUUUUGGCUAUGAUAAACGAAAAUGGAGUGGAGAAGGGUAUUGCAGUAAUGUAGGAUUCACAAUAGCAAUGAAAGUUAUCUAAAAUUGAAGCAAACUUGACAUUGGCAAUAGUAAUGAAAGUUAUCUAAAAAUGUCAACUUAAUUAUUAAUAAGUAGUUUAUUUUAUACAUCUACCCAAUCAAAGUUAUCUAAAUAUCAACUUAAUUAGGAGUAAGUGAUGGGAAAUAGUUACAUUAAUAAUGAUAAAUAUUCACAAUUGAAUGUAUUAUCUUUUACCAAAAAUAUUCUAAAGAAAAGCAAGGGGGAAUGAUCGUUGAACUCCAAAUACUAUGUGAAUGUAGACUUAAAAAACCAAUUUUAUAAUAAUCAAUAACAAAUUUAAAAACAAAUAUAAAAAUCCAAAUGAAAAAAUGUAAAGAAAAAAAUAAUUCCCCUGAGAAUAAUAAUCAUUGGAUACAAAACCGUAGUUGUGCUAAUGAUUAUAUGAAGAAAAUAACAACCUGUAAUAUAAAAAUUAGCAACCAUCUUUUUGCAUUGCUUUAUUUUUCUUAUUUGUAAAGGAUCGUUUGACAAUUGACAUUAACAUAUUUCUCACCCACUUGGACAUGUUGCUAUAGUUAUUGAUAAUGAACCUAGUAAUCUUCAGAAGUGUGAUUAUAAUCUUCCUUAAUGAUCAGGAUACAUAUGCAAGUUGCAUCCGUCUCAUUAAUUAUUAUCUUAAAUUAAAGCAAUACAAUUGGACCAUCCAACAAAGUUAAUGAAUGGUCAACAAAAAAGUGAAUAGUCUCCUAAACUCGUGCAAACAUAUUUAAACACAACCAACCAUUUACCUAGCUAGGAUUUAUAAGCAAAAAACAAAAAAGGCUGAGAGAAUUUGAACCAAACCUUGUUCUGUCACUUGUAUGGUAUAAAGUUAUUAUUGGUCGGUGAUUUUAUAAGACCGAACCAAACCAUAUACGUUGGCCCAAAAAGAAAACUAUAUAUGUAUUCUUAUGGGAUUAGAAGGUAGAAGGUAAGGGUGUAAUUGAUCGAGUUCAAACCGAUACAGUAUUAAACUCCAGCUCGAGGUUGAUUCGAAAUUCGAAGCUCGAAACUCAGCUCGAAUUUAACUUGAUUGAGUUUUAUUUUUCUAGCUUAAGUUCGACUCGAGAUAAAAAUCGAGCUAUUUGAGCUCGCUUAAUUAGGCUCGAUUAAUAUGUAAAAAUAAGCUCGAUUCUUAUAUUCGACAAAAGCUCGAUUAUUUGCACUCAAGUUCGAGCUCGAGUUCAAGAUAUUUUAUUAAUUAAAAUAACAAAAAUAUAUUUAAAUAUAAAAGCUCGAUUAGGCUUGCGAGUUAUUCGAAUCGGAUAUAAAAAUGCUUGAACUCGGCUUGAUCGAUGAGUCGAGCUACUCGAGCUCAAGCUCGACUAGAUAAUAAUCGAGCCGAAUUCAAGUUUUAUUCGAAUCGAACCCGAAUAACUUGCGAGUACUAAUGUAUCAUUUACACCCCUAGUAGAAAGCAUGAUCUUGAUCAAGUUAGUAUGAUUCAGAAUCAGUAACUUUUGGGUCUACCAGCUAAAUCCCAUGGCCCAACUCAGUCUCGUAGCCCAAAUUCCUAAACAGCCUAGUUUUGUCAUCUUUAUCCACAACCUGUAAAACUGAUCCAAUUCCAACUUCAUGAUUUUUAUACCAUUUUUUGAGCCCUCAGCCCCUAACUCAUUUGUUUUCUAGUGAACAACUCUGCUCACAGGCUUGCCUUUUAAUUCUCUAUCUUUUCUCUGACUAAAAAACACCUGCAGAUUCCAAUUGACCAACCUCACUUAUAUAUGCCUUUUAGUGCUUACAUUAACCCUAUAAUAAUCAGAUCACUAGAGUACAUGGACAUCAUCAAAUAAUUAUAUUAAUGAAUCCUUAAACAAAAUAAAAUACUAAGGCCAAGGGUUAGGAGUAUAUCAUAAUGGGGCUACCAGCAACCAAAAUAUUUAUCUACUUAUUCAAAUUGUAGCAGCUUCUUUGGUAGGGUAUGUGUUUGUUUUACGUGGAAUCCCACUCGUGACAAUGGAGAAUCUCACCCCGUGACAUCAAGGAAAGGAAAUCAUAGGGAUAUAUAGUAGCAUAAAAGAAUGUAAAGAGAAGAAUCUCAAUCUUUGAAAGGUGAUGUAGCACCUUAAAGAAUUUGACUCUGCAUUUUUAACACUGUGGCAAGAUCCAAUGACGGAGAAUACUCGAACUCUAGAGAAAAAUUAGGAAGAGACAAAGAUAUUAAGCAGAAAAGUUUCAGAAGCAGACCCUGUGUUUUUAAAAAGCAUAGUUAAAGUUGCACAUAAGAAAAAACAAAAAGAUGGGGCAAAAAUGGAACAUUUUGUACCCUGUUUGUCUAGCUGAAAUGGACCAGAAAAUUGCAUAAGUCCACUGGAUGUUUCUCACAGUAAGAGCAAGCUGUUUCUUCAGGUUCUUUGGCACACUCUAUUGAUUUUGAACCCCAGUAGCCAUUUGAAAGAUAUCUAUAUUUAUAUAUCCACCACCAAUUAGAUCAGAAGCCAAAUCAAUUCUUACUCUAGUUUCUGAUUCUUCAUUCACUGACAACAGCUCCAAUAAACUUUUAGAAAUAUCUUUGGUAGUGGAAUAUUCCAACCAAAGUAUCAACAAAAACAUGUGCUAAAGCUCAAUCAACUUCAUACAGACUGGCUAAGUCAUAGUAGUAACUCAAUUGUUGAUAGUAUAUGCUAAACAAAAACAUAGAUUAAUGUAAAUAUGUAAAAUCAAUAACUCCUCAGAUUCAGAUUGAAUGUUCACAUUUGACUUAGUAUUGAGAUUUAGAAGAAUAUAUUAAUUCUAAUCUUUUUAUAUUAUUUAAAAAUCUUUGAAAACUACAAAACUUAGAAUCUUUUUUCGUUUCGGAAAAAGACAAUGAAUAGGGCCCAAAGGUAAGAAACUUAAAAAUGAAGCGCGAGACCAAAUUAUAAGUUUUUCCAUCUACCACGCUAUUAAACCAUAUAAGAAAGAAAAUCGCACGACUCUUUCGACUGCUACGCUACCCAAUCAGUAAUUUGACUUGUGUUUAUAGAUAGACCUAAGUUUGGGCACCAAAGAUUAAUGAGAGAAAGACUUUGAAGAGAUUGAGUGGUAGUCCUUUAGGCUGAGAAAAAAAGAAUAAGAAAAAUGGAGGGAGAAAGCACCACCACCCUGGAAAAGACAAAGCAAAUGGUAUAUUUAUACAGACACGAAGCUAAUUUAUACAGUCUGGGAAGCUAAUUGAUCAAUCAACUUCAUAUUUGAUCUUUUUUCAACAGCUAAAAAGCUAAAAGUAAGCAUAAAUACGCAAAUCAAAGAAAAAAU